AUGGAAUACUCAUUUUUAGAUCUCGUCAAGAAGGUGGACGUUGUUCCUUAUUACUACGACAAAAAGCAGCACGAUCAAUUUAAGUCUUCUGUAUACACGUUUGUAUCUCAUGAUGGCAGCUUCACCCUUGGAUACAUGCUACCUAUGGUCGCCAAAGAGUUCGAACGUCACGAAGACAUUGUCAGAGUGGACAAUACAAAGAGGCAAGUUUAUAUCAACAGCUGUUUAGAUUCCUUUGAACUUCGCAGCAAGAAAUUGAAUCAAUUGGCCAAGACUUGGUAUGAUGAGGGAAGGUUUGAGCAUUUGAAAGGCUGGAGAAACGAGCUCUAUACUAUCUACUCUCCAGAAAAAAGGCCAUAUAUGCAGCUAGAGCGAGCAUUUUGUCCUCUUUUGGGUGUGGUUAUGUAUGGAUGCCACAUCAAUGGUUACGUGGUGAUGCCUGAUACAGGUAAGAUCAAGAUGUGGGUUCCCAGAAGAUCGGCUUCCAAGCCCUCAUAUCCAGGUAUGUUAGAUUGUACUGUGGCUGGUGGAAUGGGUGAUCGGUACGGAUGUUUGGAAACGGUUAUGAAAGAGAGCUACGAGGAGGCUGGUCUAACGUCUAGCUAUAUGCUCAAGCACGUUAAAUCCGUGGGUCUCAUCUCGUACCUCUACCAGUACGAAAGAGGAACGUUUACUUCGGAAAAUGGUUUUGUUCAGCCCGAGGUAGAAUACAUCUACGACUUGGAAAUGGACUCGGCAACUAUACCUCGCCCUGUAGACCACGAGGCGGAAGAUUUCAAGCUCAUGGGUAUAGAAGAAGUUGUGAGAAGAUUGAAGAACGGUGAAUUCAAGCAUAAUUGUGCUGGCGUCAUUGUAGACUUUUUCAUGAGACAUGGGAUCGUCACUCCAGAAGACGAGCCUGAUUACAUAGAGAUACAAAAUAGACUACAUAGACGUCUUCCAUUUCCAACGAGAUGA